UCCUCAAAACCUUUUCCAAUCAUGUUUCCAACAUUUUCAUUUUGGUUAUCUCUUCUCUUUACUCUCAACUUUGUCCAAAACACAAUUACCUCUACCUUAGGAAACAAGACAGAUUACUUAGCGUUACUCAAAUUCAAAGAAUCAAUUUCUAAUGACCCAUAUGGAAUCUUGGCCUCUUGGAAUACUUCAAAUCACUACUGUAAUUGGCAUGGAAUUACAUGUAAUCCCAUGCAUCAAAGAGUUACAGAGCUAGACUUAGAUGGAUUUAAUUUGCAUGGAGUCAUAUCUCCCCAUGUAGGCAAUCUCUCUUUUUUGACAAACCUCAUCCUUGCAAAAAAUAGUUUCUUUGGAAAUAUCCCUCAUGAACUCGGUCAGUUGUCACGAUUGCAGCAACUCGUUCUCUCCAAUAACUCAAUGACAGGGGAGAUUCCUACAAACUUGACAAGUUGCUCUGAUCUUGAAUACUUAUUCUUAUCUGGAAAUCAUCUGAUUGGUAAAAUACCAAUUCGAAUUAGCUCUCUUCAUAAGCUUCAGUUGUUGGAGCUUACAAAUAACAAUUUAACCGGAAGAAUUCAACCAUCCAUAGGAAAUAUUUCAUCUCUAACUAUUAUAUCAAUGGAUAUGAAUCACUUAGAGGGAGAUAUACCACAAGAAAUGUGCAGCCUCAAACACUUGACAAAAAUUACAGUGUUUAGUAACAGACUAUCUGGUACAUUUCAUUCUUGUUUUUAUAAUAUGUCAUCUCUUACUUAUAUCUCAGUAACACUCAAUAAAUUUAAUGGAUCUCUUCCAUCAAAUAUGUUCAACACCCUUUCCAAUCUUCAAUGUUUCUAUAUUGCAUCCAAUCAAUUCUCAGGUACAAUCCCUAUUUCCAUUGCAAAUGCUUCUUCCCUAAAAGAACUCGACUUAUCUGAUCAAAAUAAUUUGCUCGGACAAGUUCCAAGUCUGGGGAAUUUACAUGAUCUUCAACGGCUAAAUCUAGAAUUUAACAAUUUAGGAGACAAUACAACUAAGGAUUUAGAAUUUUUAAAAACCUUGACAAACUGUAGUAAACUAACCGUGAUUUCUAUAGCUUAUAAUAAUUUUGGAGGUAACUUGCCAAAUUUUGUAGGCAAUUUAUCCACUCAACUUAGUCAGCUAUAUGUUGGGGGUAAUCAGAUGUCUGAAAAAAUUCCUGCAGAAUUAGGAAAUCUAAUUGGUUUAAUUCACUUAAGCUUGGAAUAUAACCACUUUGAAGGAAUUAUUCCUACUACUUUUGGGAAGUUUGAGAGGAUGCAAAGAUUAGUACUGAAUGGAAAUAGGUUGUCAGGAAUGAUACCACCCAUCAUAGGCAACCUCACUCAUUUAUUUUUUUUUAGUGUAGGAGAUAAUAUGUUGGAAGGAAACAUUCCUUCAAGCAUUGGAUAUUGCCAAAAGCUACAAUACCUAGACCUUUCACAAAACAUUCUCCGAGGAACCAUACCCAUAGAGGUUUUAAGUCUUUCCUCCCUAACAAACAUACUGAAUUUGUCAAAUAACACAUUGAGUGGUAGCUUACCGAGAGAAGUGGGUAUGCUAAGAAAUAUCAAUGAGUUAGAUAUCUCCGAUAAUUAUCUAUCAGGUGAGAUUCCUAGAACCAUUGGUGAAUGCAUAGUCUUAGAAUACCUUUCUUUGCAAGGGAACUCGUUCAACGGAACCAUUCCAUCCACAUUGGCUUCACUUAAAGGUCUUCAAUAUUUAGACUUGUCAAGAAAUCGGUUGUAUGGACCAAUUCCAAAUGUUCUACAAAGUAUAUCAGUUUUAGAACACUUGAAUGUUUCUUUCAACAUGUUGGAAGGAGAAGUACCGAAAGAAGGUGUCUUUGGAAAUAUAAGUAGGUUAGUUGUGACUGGAAACGAUAAACUUUGUGGAGGUAUUUCAGAGCUUCAUCUACAACCAUGCCUUGCCAAAGAUAUGAAAUCUGCAAAACACCAUAUUAAGUUGAUAGUAGUGAUAGUUAGUGUGGCAUCUAUUCUUCUCAUGGUGACAAUUAUUCUAACUAUCUACCAAAUGAGGAAAAGAAACAAGAAACAAUUGUAUGAUCUACCAAUAAUUGACCCGCUUGCUAGGGUUUCAUACAAAGACCUUCACCAAGGAACUGAUGGAUUUUCUGCUAGAAACCUGGUUGGAUUAGGAAGUUUUGGUUCUGUGUACAAAGGAAAUCUUGCAUCAGAAGAUAAAGUUGUUGCCAUAAAGGUCCUGAACCUUCAAAAAAAGGGAUCUCACAAGAGCUUCGUUGUUGAAUGUAAUGCACUAAAAAAUAUGAGGCAUAGAAAUUUGGUUAAGGUUUUGACAUGUUGUUCGAGUACCGAUUACAAAGGUCAAGAGUUUAAGGCUUUAGUGUUUGAAUACAUGAACAACGGAAACCUAGAACAAUGGCUACAUCCAGGUAUAAUGAAUGCAGGGAUUCAAAGAAUGUUGGACCUUGAUCAACGACUGAAUAUCAUUGUUGACAUUGCUUCUGUAUUACAUUACCUUCAUCAUGAAUGUGAGCAAGCGGUCAUUCAUUGUGAUCUAAAGCCAAGUAAUGUCCUUCUUGAUGACGACAUGGUUGCUCAUGUGAGUGAUUUUGGCAUAGCAAGACUUGUCUCAGCCAUUGACAAUACCUCUAACAAGGAAACUAGUACAAUUGGAAUUAAAGGGACUGUUGGCUAUGCUCCUCCAGAGUAUGGAAUGGGUUCUGAAAUAUCCACAUAUGGUGACAUGUAUAGCUUCGGGGUGCUUAUGUUGGAAAUGCUUACCGGAAGAAGACCAACAGAUGGAAUGUUUGAAGAAGGUCAAAAUUUGCAUAUGUUUGUUGGAAUUUCAUUUCCUAAUAAUAUUAUACAGAUUUUGGAUCCACAUCUUGUACCAAGAAAUGAAGAAGAAGAAAUAGAAGAAGGAAACUGUGGAAAUUUCACUCCAACUGUAGAGAAGUGUUUAGUUUCACUUUUCAGGAUUGGACUUGCUUGUUCAGUGAAAUCACCAAAAGAAAGAAUGAACAUAGUUAAUGUCAUGAGAGAGUUAGGCAUGAUAAAAAAGGCCUUUCUUUCUGGUGGGGUUUGAUUGAGAAUUUUGAUGCUUAAUUCCAUAAGCCAUAGCUUAUGCUCUUACCUGAUUAUGUAGUUAAUUUAAUUUUCUGACAUCUUGUUAAGUUUUUGAAAAUUACUAAACUACAAUAUACAAAGAUACAUGAGAAGUUGAAUGAUUGUAGUUAUAUACCAGUC